AAAGAGGCAUCAGGAACAAUUAGGAACGUGGAAGCUAUCCUGAAGCCUAAAUUGGAGCCUUCUGCUGCUGGAAAGUUUAUGGAACAUAUUAUUGUCCCUACGGUUUCCAUAACUGAUCAAGUAGGUCCUUCUGCUGGGACUCCUAGCUCUGUUUAUUCUACGGGUUACCAUUUCACCAAGCAGGCAUGGAUGGCAGCCAAAGGAGAAGAAAAUAACUCUGUAGGCCAUACCCAUGCCAUUAGAACACCGCCGAAGUCAAAGACAAAAAGAUAGCAAGGCGCCCAAAAUCAGCUAAAGCUCAAUCUGUGGUUGCAUACCGGAAUAGGAGAGGUGUUAUUAUACGGCCCCAAUCAGCUACUGAAGCAAAUAAAAUUGCAAAGACUCAGGGAAAGGUGAUGGUACCUCAUCCUCCAGCCAGGCUUGCCAUGGACAAUAAUAAUAGUGAGGCCAUCACAGAAACCAAGGCUCAACCUGGGAACAUAAACAUUUCACAGGUUAAUCAUUUGAGCAAAGUUGUGCAGUCACCAAGUCAUGGUUUACCAAGAGAUGCAAUGCCUUCUAAAACAAUAUCUCGUUCUUUGGGUAAUAUGAUUGCUGCACAACUACCUGGCCCUCCUGAUGCUGAGAAUGUCACAAAAUCUAUCCUUGCUUUGAACAGUGAUCGGGUAUCAGCUUUACAAGAAAGCUUACCUGUUUCUGCCAAACGGAAGCCUGUAUAUGGAGAGAAUGGACUGCGUCUAGACCAUACUCCCACUGAUGAGGAAAUUGCUCUUUUGUGGCAAGGAGUACGAAGUGCCUUAACUCAUAAAAACUCUGCUGCUGGUGAAUUCCAUCCCGGUGAUCUACCUUCUAAUUUACAGACUCGACCUAACUUGUCCCAUGUUAUCAUUGAUGGAGGAACACUGAAUAGCUGGAAAACAUUUUCUAGAGUGAAUGGCUUCUCCUCUCCUUUUGUUAAUGGUUAUGUAACUCUUCCAAGAAGAAGGCAGAUUGUAGAUAACAAUGAGAACAAACGCAAAGCUUUGCUGGAGCAACGAAAAGGCAGACCUGGUUCAGCAGGAUGGAGACCUCCACUCUCACAGAACUUCCACACAGUGAAGAUAAGCCCAAUCCCCAGUACACAUGAGCCUGCACAAGUACACCCUGCAUCAGCUUCGGUUGAAGUUUCAGAAAGCACGGCUCAGUUUAUGCUGGCAGAGAAUCUGGUGGAAACAUCUGCGACAGAUGGAGAAAUCUUAGCUGCCAUGCAAACAUUGCAGGCAAACAAGCACAAUCUCCAGAGCCACAAAUCCCCGAACACAGGACACACUGCUCUGUCUAUAGAAGAACAGAGACUGCUCCAGUCUCUUGAUCGCCUUAACCAGAGGCUACAGACUGUGCAAGAAGCAAUGACCAAACCUCAAGGGGCUGCAAAUGGUUUUCCAAUUAAAUCGACAUUGAGCAUCCACCAUAUUCCAGCUCAGCCAGUGGAAAAUGCAGUACCAACGCACAAAUACCGCAGCCUGUCUGCCGACCCUCGCACGCGGCUGCAGAGAAGAUACUAA